UUUCUAUUUGUAAGAGGGAGAGGUUUUCUAUCUGUUAGAAGCAGCGGAAAACCACCAAACGGCUAUAAUUGACGUUUGGGGACUCAGGGAACUGGGAGACAACCCUCGAAGAUCGUCACUUUCCGGGGCGUUUUCCGGCGAGAUUUUCACUGUGAUUUCGCCUCUGAUUCGAGGGUUUGAUCUGGGUUUUAACGAUCUGAAGUGAACACUCUGUUACCCAGUUGAAACAGAGAUAAAAUCUGCAUUUUCCUCCCUGUUUAGAGUCUGGUUCUUUUGUCUUAAUAACCGAAACCCCAAAAAUAGUUGGUGGUCGGGAUGGCAGCGAUGGCUGAUGGGUACUACAGUUCCAAAAAAACUGAUGAUAUAUGUGAAGACGUUUGUGGUCAGCAGGCAUCCCAUGGAGCAUUGAGCAUGACGAGACUUCGAUGCAUUCUGCGUGGGCUGGAUUUGAAGACCUAUAUUCUUUUGAUUGUGAUAGUCCCGACAUUCUUCUUUGGUGUUUAUUUGCAUGGGCAGAAAAUCUCCUACUUCUUACGGCCAUUAUGGGAAUCUCCUCCAAAGCCAUUUAUCGAAAUCCCGCACUACUAUCAUGAGGAUGUGCCAAUGGCGAAUCUUUGCAGACUUCAUGGGUGGGGAAUUCGUGAAUCCCCUAGACGGGUGUUUGAUGCAGUUUUAUUUAGUAAUGAAGUAGACAUCCUUACAAUUCGAUGGAAGGAAUUGUAUCCUUAUGUGACACAAGUUGUUCUCCUUGAGUCAAACUCAACAUUUACUGGCUUGCCCAAGCCAUUGCUUUUCUCAAAAAAUAGGGACAAAUUCAAAUUUAUUGAGCCUCGACUAACUUAUGGAACAAUCGGGGGGAGGUUUAAAAAAGGCGAAAAUCCAUUUGUUGAAGAGGCAUAUCAGAGAGUUGCUCUGGAUCAGCUCCUCAAAAUAGCGGGUAUAGAUGAUGAUGACUUGUUGAUAAUGUCUGAUGUUGACGAAAUCCCUAGUAGCCACACAAUUAAUCUCUUGAGGUGGUGUGAUGACAUCCCUCCAAUCCUUCAUCUUCGACUGAGGAACUACUUGUACUCCUUUGAGUUUUUUCUAGAUAACAAGAGCUGGAGAGCUUCGGUCCACAGGUACCAGAUCGGCAAGACUAGAUAUGCACACUAUCGUCAGACUGACUACGUCUUGUCAGAUGCGGGGUGGCAUUGUAGCUUUUGUUUCCGCCACAUCAGUGAGUUCAUAUUUAAGAUGAAAGCUUACAGCCACUGCGAUAGAGUGAGGUUCUCUCAUUACAUGAACCCCAAAAGAGUUCAGGAUGUGAUCUGCAAAGGGUCUGACCUAUUUGACAUGCUUCCCGAGGAGCACACAUUCAAGGAUAUCAUAGGGAAGUUGGGACCCAUCCCUCAUUCUUUUUCUGCAGUUCAUCUUCCUGCAUAUCUGUUGAAUAAUGCUGAGAAGUACGGGUUUCUUUUGCCUGGUAACUGCAAAAGAGAAAGUGGCUGAGUUUCUUCAGAAAAGAGAUGCCAUUUAAUGGUUGAACAUGCAGACAGUAUGCUGGACCCAAACAGGUUUUAUCGGAUACUUGGUGGCUAUGUUGUGGCAUUGAUACAGAGUAUACCUUAUGUCCAAGAAAAUUUAGGUCAUUUUUAGAUAGAUGCUAAGUAGAACUUGAUAGGAUCUUGGAUUUCUAGGGAAAACCAUGUACAUUUUCUCUUCUGUUUUUUGGGUUUCCUCCUAGAUAGAGGCAUAUUCAUUUGUAAGUGAGCUUGUGACGGUGAGGAUAGUUACUUUAUUGCUCUACAGAACUUCCAUACCACUUCCUUGUAGGUAUGGCAUAAACCCCAAAUUGAACAAGAGUAAAAUGACAUUUCCCUGACUUUUCUCUGCUGGGAAUUUUGUUUUCUUUUAGACUAUU